UAAAUUCGCCCGAUUUAGCUCACUGAUUCAAAUUUAAACUAUCAAAUUAGUUGAAACAAUAUAAAUAUAUAACUAAUUGUGCCUUAAAAUGAAAGUGGUAUUUAUGGUAGCCGAGAAGCCCUCGCUGGCCGCUUCGAUUUCCAGCAUAUUAAGUAACAAAAAAAGUACAUCUCGAAAAGGCUUCAACGGAGCCUGUUCGGUGCACGAAUGGAUCGGAACCUUCUCGAACGCCCCCUGCAAAUUCAAAAUGACAUCGGUCUGCGGCCACGUCCUCGGCGUCGACUUCACCAGCAAAUACAACAACUGGGACCGCGUCGACCCCGCCGAGCUGUUCGUCUGCCCCAUCGAAAAGAAAGAGGCCACCCCGAAGCUGAAAAUGCCGGCGUUUUUGGCCCAAGAGGCCCGCGGCGCCGAUUACCUCGUCCUGUGGCUGGACUGCGACAAAGAAGGCGAGAACAUUUGCUUCGAGGUGAUGGGGGCCGUCGCUGGAAACAUCUUCGGGAACGUCUAUUCCCCUACCGUUACCUACCGAGCCCGGUUCUCCGCCAUCACCGAUAAGGAUAUCAAAGCCGCCUUUAAUAAUCUAGUAUAUCCGAACGAGAACGAAUCGAAAAGCGUGGACGCCCGGCAAGAGCUCGAUUUGAGGAUUGGUUGCGCUUUCACUAGGUUUCAAACGAAGUUUUUCCACGGUAGAUACGGCGAUUUGGAUGCGGCGUUGAUUUCGUACGGCCCUUGUCAAACGCCCACGUUGGGUUUCUGCGUGAAGAGGCACGAUGAUAUACAGAGCUUCAAACCGGAACCGUACUGGUGCAUUCAAGUCACUCUAACCACUAAGGAUGGGCUGGAUGUGCGACUAGAUUGGGGCCGAGUGCGGUGCUUCGACAAGGAAACGGCCAAUAUAUUUCUGCAGUUCGUUAAAGACCAACGGGAAGCGAAGGUGACCGGCGUGAGUGCGAAGGAAAAGGCCAAGGCCAGGCCGGUGGCUUUGAAUACCGUGGAGUUGAUGAGAGUGGCCAGUUCGGGAUUGGGAAUGGGGCCCCAUCAUGCCAUGCAAAUAGCGGAGAAAUUGUACACGCAAGGUUACAUCAGUUAUCCGAGGACCGAGACUACUAAAUACCCCGAAAAUUUCGAUUUGUUAGGGACGUUGCAGCAACAGCAAAACAACUCCGAUUGGGGAGACGAGGUUAGAGAAAUACUCAAAAAUGGCAUACACAAACCUAAAUCAGGACACGAUGCAGGCGAUCACCCGCCUAUAACUCCGAUGAAAGCGGCAUCGAGAAACGAAUUCGACGGGGACUCGUGGAAAUUGUACGAUUACAUAACGAGGCAUUUCAUCGGAACGUUAGCGAAGGAUUGCAAGUACCUCACGACCACCACCAGUUUUCUGAUCAAUAACGAGGAAUUCUCCGUGUCCGGCAAAACUCUCAUCGAUCCCGGUUUCACGAGCGUCAUGCCCUGGCAGGCAAUAGGCAAAAAUGAAAUUCUACCGGAUCUCGUCAAGGAUCAAAUGGUGCCGAUAAAGGACGUCAAACUCACCGAACACCAAACGCAACCUCCCGAUUAUCUCACCGAAUCCGAAUUGAUCACGCUGAUGGAACACCACGGUAUAGGAACGGACGCUUCUAUUCCCGUACACAUCAAUAAUAUCUGCCAGAGAAAUUACGUGUCCGUGAUAAGCGGCAGGAAAUUGAAGCCUACCCCUCUCGGUAUCGUUCUCGUGCACGGUUAUCAAAAAAUCGACGAGGAAUUGGUGCUUCCCACGAUGAGAUCGGCGCUAGAAGAACAACUGACUCUCAUUGCGAUCGGCAAAGCGAAUUUCCAAGACGUCCUCAAACACACCACGGAAAUAUUCAAAUUGAAAUUCAAGUAUUUCGUAAAUCACAUCGAUUCGAUGGAUCAGCUAUUCGAAGCGACGUUUUCACCUUUGAGCGCUUCCGGUAGAGCCUUCUCCAGGUGCGGCAAAUGCCGAAGGUACAUGAAAUAUAUACAGGCGAAGCCGGCUAGAUUGCAUUGUCCGCAAUGCGACGAAACUCACAACGUACCGCAAAACGGAACCAUAAAAUUGUUCAAAGAACUAAAAUGCCCGCUCGACGAUUUCGAAUUGCUCUGCUGGACGAUGGGCAACAAGGGCAAGAGCUUCGUGUUCUGUCCAUACUGCUACAACAACCCGCCAUUCAACGACACGAAGAAAGGUAACGGCUGUAAUUCCUGCUCGCAUCCCACAUGCUCUUUCAGUUUGACAACCAACGGCGUGAUAAGUUGCGCAGAAUGCGAAUUCGGCGUUCUAGUUCUCGAUCCGUCAUCGGGACCGAAGUGGAAACUCGGUUGUAAUCGGUGCGAUACGAUCAUAAAAUUCUUCAACGACGCGCAGAAGGUGACGAUAUUGAACGACAAUUGCGAUUGCGGGGCGCAGAUGGUGCACGUCGAGUACAAGCCGGAGAAGAACAAACUGCAAGGGGGAUCGAACGAGGCCAAGGGUUGCGCGUUUUGCAGUCCGGAAUUCGCCAAAUUGGUGGACAGGCCGAAGGUGGCCGUGGCGACGAGGCCGAAAGUGUUUAGAGGCGGUAGAGGAACGGAGGCGGCCGGUGUAGGCGGUAGAGGGGGCGCGCGAGGCGGUCGCGGAAGGCCGCCCAAAGAUAAAAUGUCGCAGUUGGCGGCGUAUUUCGUGUAACUUUCGCGUCAGGUAAUCGAGGAUUGGUUUUUUUUUUGUUUCGAUUGUAAUUACUAAAGUUUGUUUUAUAAUUUAUGUUCUUUCUGUAAUAAUAAUUGUAAUAAUUUUGG